CUGCCCCCAUCUCUCUCCUCGACGCUCGCGGCCUUCGUAACGCUCAUACCAUGGACGCAAAGGAAAGAGUCGAGGCCGCCAGCAACUUCCUCCUCCAGUCACCUCCAGGCGAAAUCAACGACGUCCUGAACGAUGUUCGAAACAUCAUCUCCGACGAUGACUCUCUGCAGGAUGGCAUUCAAAGCACUCUGAGAGAAUACAACCUCGAGCAGUUCAUCACCGUCGACGUGCCGGGCGCGCAACAUCAGACACUCAUCAGCCGCGCUGCUAUUGUGUCGACGGAGGAGGGUACAGUCGAGCGAUUCCUCGACCCACGAUCGAAGACGAGCUUCCUGUUCGACCACAUUGGCCUGGACGCGUCGGACCCACAACCUCAUGAACCGAAUGCCGAGUCUGAGGAGUUCCGAUCGGCUCUGGAGACUGCGACGCAGACCUACCUCGCCGCUCACUUCGUGGAGGGUGUAGCCGCCGUAUUCGCGUCGCCGGACGCGCCCAAUAAGUUUACGAUACAAGUCGUCUCUAACAAGUACAACCCCAACAACUUCUGGUCAGGCCGGUGGCGAUCCGAAUACACUGUAGAUCUGAAUGACAACACCAUCAACGGGAAGAUCUGGCUCAACGUGCACUACUAUGAGCAAGGGAACGUUCAACUCAACACCACCCACAACAUUACCAUUGCUCUCCCACCUGCCAUCGUCACCUCCGCACCUCCUGCUGCCGCCUCCAAGAUCCUCGCCCUCAUCGACUUUGAGGAGACGAAGUAUCAGACAUCGCUGAACGAUACGUACUCGGAGAUGGGCGAGAAGACGUUCAAGGCACUCCGCCGCGCGCUGCCCAUGACGAGGCAGAAGUUAGAUUGGGAUAAGGUUCUUGGGUAUAAGAUCGGUCAAGAGAUUCAGGGUAGCAAGGGCUUGCCAUAGGGGAGCACAUAACCGCCGCUCAAUUUACUCUGCGUAAUCUCGACCGGUACGACAAUCAGCUUGAGUUGCGAAGCCACGGAUGUAAUAUAUUUCCCCCACACACACGAUGCUCAGUAUAAUCCUGCUAGGGUUCCCGCAUUGUUCCCGUUCCGAAGACGAGCAACAACUGCGCGAGACUUCGCCGGCUCGUUGAGUCGCACGACCCUUUGGACUCCCUGGGGGUUGGUUCCUGCUGAAGACGACGUGUAUUGUAAACUAAGUGCUGCACUACCACAGAACGCGGAGACUGUCGUAAAAAGCAGAUAACAGUAUUCUACAUACGAUGCCG